AUGUCUCCUGCUCUCUUCACACCAAUUAAAGUUGGAAGGUUACUCUUGAGUCAUCGUGUUGUUCAUAGUCCAUUGACUCGUAGACGCGCUGAUGCUGACCAUGUUCCAGUUCCCUUGAUGAUCGAAUAUCACCAGCAGCGUGCCUCUGAAGGCGGCUUGAUUAUUGCAGAAGGCACACUUAUAUCGGAAGAUUGUGGUGGCUACCCUUUUGCUCCCGGUAUCUAUAACGACAAACAAAUUGAAAAGUGGAGAGAUAUAACCGAUGCUGUCCAUGAUAAAAAAGGAUUUAUAUAUCUUCAGCUGCUUCACUUUGGGCGUGCAAGUGCCUCUGCUUUUAUACCCGGAAAUAAAAUUCCUGUAUCUCCAUCUGCCAUUGCAAUCAGCGAUAAAAAUGGCGUUGGAGAGGAUUAUGAAGUACCUCGCGCCCUUGAGACUGAGGAGAUAUCCCAGAUCAUACAGACAUUUGUUGAGGCUUCCAAGAAUGCUAUUAGUGCUGGUUUUGAUGGUGUUGAGAUCCACGGUGCAAAUGGGUUUCUUAUCGAUCAAUUUAUUAAUAGCUCGUCAAAUUUACGCACUGAUAAGUAUGGUGGAUCUAUCGAAAAUCGUGCUCGUUUUGUCCUGGAAGUUGUAGAAAAUGUCACCAAAGCUAUCGGAGAAGACCGUACUGGGGUUCGUUUUUCGCCUUGGUCUGGAUUCCAGGACAUGGAAGACGAUACACCAUACGAGACCUGGGGAUAUAUUGUAAACCAAUUCCAAGAAAAACACCCUAACCUGGCCUACAUUCACUUUAUCGAACCUCGCGAUGAUUAUCUCCCCGGCUAUAACCCUGAAGUAGAUAGAACUGAGAUCCUUGAGAACGAUACAAUCGAGCCAUUCCGCAAAGCAUGGAAGGGCCCAUUUAUUACUGCUGGUGGAUAUACCACUACUCCUAAACGUGCAUUCGAAACAACCGAAAGGCUUGAGAAUACCUUGAUCGGAUUUGGCCGUACGUUCAUUGCAAACCCUGACCUUGUUCUUCGUCUCAAGAACGACUGGCCCCUCAACAAAUAUGACCGAUCUACAUUUUACGAGGGAGGCAGCGUUGGGUACACAGAUUAUCCUUUCUAUAAUCCUGAGAAAGUUAAUGGUAUCAAGAGCUAA